AUGGCCAAAGGAAAUGCUCAGAGAGUAUACAGCAUGCAGGAGCAGCGGAAGAUCUUCAUCUUGCAACUGGUAGAGCUCGUGCUAACCUACAAUUUUACUGACUGUGACUUUAAGAAGAUUAAAGAUAUUUACCAGGAUGUCAUUCAUCCAGAACUGAAUAUAUAUAUAAAUGGGACGAAGAGUAUCUGGUUUAACAACUUCGUCUACUGUGAAGACGCGGUGAGUAAGUGGUUAGUGCUUCUGGCUUUCUCCAGAGAGACGCCAGGCAUCCUGGGGAGGAGGUAUUCUGCGGUGGGUAGAACCCCAGGUGGUGGCUGGGCUCCCAGCGGGAUUCCGGGAGAGGCUCCUCCUCCCCCUCGCCCUCGGGAGGAAAGGCAAAUUGGGAACGGGGACCAGGGAACGACGUCAGGGGCACCCCUUGAGGGGUGCGAGCCUCCGCUCUCAGCGCUGCCCCUCGGACCUCGAGACCCGGAUUGCCUCAUUAAAAUCGAGCACUUUACCUUCAAGCCCAUCUACGGCUGUGUCUCACUCGCCAAGGAAACCUUCGCCAAGCAAACUAAUGCUACGCUCUCCCUCGAGUGCUCAGGCUACUCCGGAAUUCAGAUAAAUAAUACCCAGACAAUGAAGAAAAGAAGGAAAAGAGAAGUCAAAACAGAUAAAUGCCUAGAACAAGUCUCAUACUUGAUAGAACUGUGGAGACGUUUCAGUCGCAUUUCAUAGAAACAAAGUAAACCUUCGGUAACGUCAC